CGCUAUUGUCAUUUGUCGGAAUUGGAAGCUGAUAUUUGACAGCUGUCAGUGACGUGGCGUGGCUUGUGUUUAAUAUUUUUAUUUUUGUUUAUACUUUAUAUGUGUGGUUAAUUUUGAGUGAUUACAGCUCUUUGUGUUUGGACCGUUUAAUACUUUUAUUUUUGUUUAUGUGUGGUGAAAUUUGAGUGAUUACGGCGCUUGUUUAUUGCAGCAUAAACCAUGUCUCGGUACCGCAAAUGUCCAGUUAGAGGCUGUUAGGACAGUGUUUCAGUACGGCAUAGAUUCCUGAUCAACAAAUAUCCAACACGACUGAUGAAAUUCUUGGAAAACCAUCAACUUCAGCAUCAUCACAACAGUUGGGAGAAGUUUGCUCAGUUACCACCUCACAACCAGAAAAUCUUGAUGUAACUACAGUAGGAGUGAGGAGCAUUAUUCAGAAGCAAGUACAUGUAACCAGAGAAACCCACUUAAGUCCAAAAGCUAAAAACCUAUAUAAGAUAGCCAGUCACCUCUCUAGAGCUAACAGAAGACUAGGAUAUACAAGAAGGUUGAUCAGAAGUACCAGAAGUACACGAGAAGUAUUAAAUGAGGCAUUGCAGCAACAGACAGCACUGU